AUGUCAGCGGAAGCGGCGGCGCCAAAAACCGGAAACGCAACCGGUGAUCCAUUAGUUGGUCGAGACUCAGCAACCUUUCUUCCCACAGUUUGGGGCGAUCACUUCCUCCACAAUAAUGUGGACGACUCCCCUCAGGGUGGGCUCCUUUCGGUCGUUAUGCAUGAAAGCGAGUAUGAAGUUUUGAAGGAAGAGGUGAAGAGGAUGGUGACAACCGAUGAUGAUGGUGGUGAUGAUACUCCCCAAGCAAUUGCCAACAAGUUGCGGGUGAUAGAUGUAGUUCAGCGACUAGGUGUUGGGUAUCACUUUGAAACGGAGAUUGAAGGAGAACUUGCAAAGGUGCAUGCUCUUGGAGGCGAACUAUUCGCUAUUCGUGAUGACAAUAACACGACCCCCAAUGUUGAUCUAUAUCAUGCUGCUCUUUGGUUUCGAAUCCUCAGACAACAAGGCUUUCAAGUUUCCCCUGAUGUAUUUAGAAAGUUGAAGGACACCAGAGGAAGGUUCAAGGAAUGGUUGGCUUCGGAUGUGCAAGUGCUUCUGAGCUUGUACGAGGCAGCACAUGUGGCGGUCCAUGGAGAAGACAUAUUGGAUGAAGCCCUGGACUUUGCCACCAAGACUCUCAAGUCCAUUCUCCCUGAACUCAGCCCUUCGUUCCAGAAACAAGUAAACUUUUCCCUCGGCCUCCCCGCAUGGAAAUGUGUCCCCAGGACACUUACUAGGAACUUCAUCGACUUCUAUUUUGAGGAUCCAUCUCAUAACAAUAAACUCCUUCAAUUCGCAAAGUUGGACUUCAACAUGCUUCAAAAAUUCCACCAGCAAGAGCUCCGCGAAAUAUCAGAGAUGGAUGUUGGGGCUCUUGAAACAUUACCCGACACAAUGAAGGACCUAUAUCAUGCCAUCAUUAAGUUGUAUGACGAUAUCGAGAUUGAACUUGGAAAGAGGGGGCCUACGUUUGCUGUUGAUUAUGCUAAAGGAGAAUUGAAGAAAAUAUGUCGAGCCUACUUAGCUGAGGUCCAUUGGCGCGCAAAAGGCUAUAUUCCAACGCUGGAGGAGUACAAGCUCGAAGCAUAUGUCAGUGGCGGUUUACCCCUUCUCUGCACAUCUACUUUCAUUGGCAUGGAACCUGAAAUAGCUACGAGGGAGGCUUUUGAAUGGGUAACCAAUGAACCUAAGAUGGUAAGAGCCGUCGCUCUUAUUGGUAGGUUCCAAAACGACAUUGUUUCUCAUGAGUUCGAACGAGAAAGGAAGCAUGCAGCUUCGGCAAUCGAAUGCUACAUGAAGGAGCACUCGACAUCAAAGGAGGAAGCUAUUGAAUUUUUAUGGAAUGAGAUUUCUAAAGGUUGGAAAGAUAUAGCUGAAGAGUGUCAGAAACCAACUCCACUUCCAGUAGUCCUCACAGACCGCGUGCUCAACUUUGCACGUUCCAUUAGUGUGAUAUAUGAGAAGGGUGAUGGCUACACGGAUUCUAAUCUUUUGAAGGCCCACAUUGCUGCACUGUUCGCUGUUCCAGUACCUCUUUAA